AUGGCCAUCCAAGAUAUUGCACUUUCAAUUGUGGGAAAAAUUGCAGAGAAGUGUGUCGAUCCAAUUUUGCGUCAAUUUCAGUACUUAAUUUUCUACAAAAGCAACGUUCAAACUCUGAGUGAUGACAUCAAAAAACUUGAGCUAAAGGAAACUGAGGUGCAACAAAAGGUAGAUCGAGCAAAAGACAAUGCUGAAGAAAUUAUACCAACUGUUGUUGAUUGGCUGAAACGAGUUGAGGAUGUAAAGAAAGAUGCACGUACUAUUUCUGAGGGUAUGGAGACUGCUAAGGUGAAUUGCUUGAAUAUUGUCAGGCUUCCGAAUUUGAAGUCAUGCUAUUUGCUAGGCCGACGUGCGGUGAAAAGAACGAGUGUUGUUGAAAAACUCUUAGGAGAGGGGCAAUUUGAUAAAGUUGGAAGCAUUGCUCCAUUAGGCAAAAUGCGUUUUAGUGAAUCAACCCCAUCCUUAGAGGAAGGCCUAGUUUCUAGGAUGUCAACAAAGAAGGAACUGAUGGAAGCUUUAAAGCAGGAGAAAACUAGCCUAAUGGCGAUUUGUGGUAUGGGCGGCAUAGGCAAGACUACUCUAGUCAAACAAAUUGCUGACCAGGUUAAGUUCGAGAAAUUGUUUGAUGAAGUCGCCAUGGCAAUCGUGUCUCAAAGUCCAGACAUGAGAAAUGUCCAAGAUCAACUUGCUGAGCAGUUAGGGCUGAAGAUAAUAGAGCAAACUGAUCGUGCCAGAGCUGAAAGAUUGUGUACGAGACUAACUGGCCGUGACAAGAGAAUUCUUGUUAUAUUGGAUGACAUUUGGAAAGUAGUUGAUUUUGAGAGUCUAGGAAUUCCCGUCAAAGGUGAAUGCAAGAGCUUAAAAGUUAUACUGACAUCUCGAUCCUCAGAUGCUUGUCGGGACAUGGGAGCUGAAAUUUUUGAGAUGCAUGCCUUGCGUAAAGAAGAAGCAUGGCAUCUUUUUAAAGAGGUUGCAGAAAUUUCUGAUGAUUCUGCUUUGAGUGGUGUUGCAAAGCAAGUUGCAGAGGAAUGCAAAGGUCUACCUCUUGCAAUUGUUGUUGUUGCCCGGGCAUUAAAGGGCAAUCAUACUCUAGAAUCCUGGGAUCGUGCCCUUCGGCAAUUAAAAGAGUACACAAUUAAAGAACUAGAAGGAGAUGAAGAUUUAGUGUUUUCAAGAAUUAAGUUUAGCUAUGACUAUUUAAAAAGCGCUGAAGCUAAGUCACUACUUUUGCUUUGCAGUUUGUUUCCAGAGGAUUAUAGUAUUCCAAUCGAAUGUUUGGUUAGGUAUGGUAAAGGGCUAGAAUUGUUCCCAAAUAGACGGAGGUUAGUAGAUGUAAGAGACAAGGUAGACACGCUUAUUGGUCACCUAAAAAGCUCCUAUUUGUUGCUAAAUGAUGCUAAAAAAAAAGACUCUGCAAAACUGCACGAUGUCGUGCGAGAUGUGUGCUUGUCAAUUGCAUCAAAAGACGAGCAUGAGUUCUUAGUGAGCAAUUCUAGAGUGGGAGAAAAGAAUUCUUACACAGCAAUUUCACUAAUAUCGCAAGAUUCCAAUCAUGAUCUACUUCCAUUUUGCAAGGAAUAUCCAAGGCUUAGGCUGUUGCGCUUGGUAUUCCAACCAGGAGAACUCAAUCUAUCAGAAGACUCUUUUGUAGGAAUGGAAGCUCUCAGGGUCAUGGAACUAAACCACUCGCAAAUUGAAUUUCCACUAUCAUGGCCUGGCCAAAUGCUAAGGAGCCUUCGGACACUAUGCCUGGAUGAUUGUGUAUUGGGCACUGGAUUGUCGUCAAUGCUUGGACACAUGACGCAGCUGGAAACUUUGAGCCUCUUUGAAUCCAAAAUUCUGGAUGAUCAGUUUCCAGCUGAAAUCGGUCAGUUGAGUAAUUUAAAGUUGUUGGAUUUGAGGGUCAAAAGUAGCCUCCAUCCCUUGCCUAGUGGUAUCUUGUCAAGCCUGAAGAAACUAGAAGAAUUGUAUUUGGGAUCUGGUGAUCAUUUGCGGCUAGGGAGAGAUAAAGAAGAGGAAAAAGAUGCCUUGAAGAGAUCUCAUCAAUCUCUAAUCUUGCAUGUCUCCAGAUUGCUUUGUAUGACCUUAGCCUCCUACUUCUAUCUUGGCAAGAAUUUGAUACUCAGAGGUUGUUAA